AUGCUGGUCAGGGCAACUGAGACGAUGUCUGCCACUCAGCCACCGGGCAGCAACGCUCAAACCGGAAAGGCCGACAAAGCUGAACCUGAGACAAAAACGAAAAGCGACAGGUUUUCGCGAGUACCGGGUCUUCGCGGGGUGCAAACCACGACGCUCUUUCGAGCCAUUAACCCAGAGCUCUUCAUAAAGCCGAACCGCUACGUGAUGGCGUUUGGGCUCGUCACGCUGUCAAUGUGCGUCGCGUACCUAGCGUACAUGCGUGUCGAGUACGCAAACUCGCAGGCGGAGGAGCAGCAGAUCAGCCCUGGGAGGAGAAGAACGCGAUGGGACUGA